GACGCCCCCUUUGAGUAAAUUGAUGAAGGUCUCUGAUGGAUGGAUGACUGCACUUUGCAAAAAACUUACAAUGUGGUGGCCAUGGGUUGCUGAAGGAGAGAUUCCGUUCACUGCUCGCAAUGGAGAGGAGAUAUCUAAAUACAAAGAGCUUGAUCCAACAAGGCGCUUGCUUCUCUUAAAAGCACUUUGUGAAAUUCGAGCAGAUCAAAACGAUGCAGUUUCAUACAUUAAUGAUGCUAUGAAAAGUAACAAAGAAACUUCUUGCUUCCGAAAAGAGAAGAUAGGGGCGAACGGGAAUGUUUCAUACUGGUAUGAUGGAAGUACAAUCUUUGGGUAUAGAUUGUACAGGGAAGUUAAAAAGACGGAGCCUCAAUCAAAAGCCAAGGGGAAAGCACGUUUAACCUUGCCAGCUGUCUGUUCUCACUGGGAAACCCUUGCAUUGGAUUUCAAGGAAUUCCGUGGAGUUGUUGGUACUCUAUUGGCUAGCAAGAUUGCAGCGGAAGUUGCUAUUGGCAAGACUAUCAAUAAUGAUGUCAUUCCUGUUGUGGAGAAAUUUGAAAAGAAGAAAGAAAGGGCACUGAACCGGAAGAAAAGGCAAGAGAUGCUCCUGAGUAGCUUUAGAAGUUCUUGUGCUGGUAUGACUCGCACAUGUCGCAGUCGUAGGCCUGUCAGUUACACUUUUGAUGAAUAUGAUCGUGCUAUCGACGAGGCUAUAGAAAUAACAAAGAGAAGGAAGACAAUUGAGGAGCAAAGCCAGGGGCAGAAGCUUCCAAGACAAACUUUUGGCUCCAAUGGAGGUUCAGAUGUGGAGGGCUCUGUCUCAAAGGACAGUUCAGACGGGAAAGCAAACUCCAUGGGUAGUAACACCGAAGAUGACAAGCUAGAAAAAGCUGGUGAUAAUGGUAAUGAGAAAGAGGAUGAUGAUGAUUAUAGUAGCGAAACAGACGGUGAUGACAACAAUAGUAGCAACUUGGAAAGUUCUGCAGAUGAAAAUGAAAAUUUGAACAAUGACAACCAUAAGAAACACAUGUCGAUGGGAUCACGGCGGAGUAAAAGAUUGGCUGUAGUUGAUAUCCAUCCUGCUGUAAGAAGUGGAAAUUUUGGCACAAAAUAUAGGUUGAGGCAAAGGCCAGUUGUCAACUCUGCCCUUGAAGUUAUUGUGCCUGAUUCAGAGGAUGAUACCUCGUCAGAUGAUACAAUGUAAGCA